GCCAAGGUAAGCACAACCAGUUUUUCCACAUGGUUAACUUUGGAGUUAUCGAUCGACAUACGCAUCUCGGCAUGCUAAUGUAUCUAUAUGGAAGGCUGGAAGCACCUUGUGAAGCUACGCCAGAUCGAGAAUCACGGUACUCCAUGCGGAAAACUGCUGUAGGCAGUUGAAACAUGGAGUAAUGCAGCUGAAAUUGUGCUAACAAUUUAACCCAUGCCAUUAAUUUGGAAAUAUCUCCUCAGAUCGAACUGUUACAGGAUUAUGGAACUUCUCUAUUUGCACUGUCUGAUGUACGGUACUCGUAGUGAUGAGUCGGCACCAUAUUUUUUGUCUGCCGCUACCGACCAUUGGGGAAUGUUUUCAUCGCGCGGCUAGUCUCGUUACCAUUAUCUUGCAAGCGGUUAUCCUGGAUUGGUACUUAAUUUACUACGGCAGCCAGGCUUCGUACGGCUGGAUUGCGGCGGAUUGUAUCGUGGCCGCAACGUUUGUGGUAUCUUAUGUUUAUGCAGAUCUAUACUUCAAAAGCCAAUCAUGCGAAAAAGAUGCAGUGUCCGUUCCUCUACGUGCAGUAGCCAUCAGCGCGGAUGAUACCAACAAAACCGUUGCCAAUGAACAAGAGGAAGAUAACCGGAAUUUGACGGCAAACGACAACGUUGACGAUGCGGACGAUGGAUAUCACCAAGAGCAGCAUGAAGAUAUUUGCCGUGUUAUCGGAGAAGACAGUAAUGCCCACAAUAAUCGAAAUGUUGCCGAAAAUAUCGAUUUAUCGGACCGGCUUAAUAAAGCGCGCGAUGAUAAAAAGAUGCAGCAUCUCAAAGCGGGCAGACUGCGGACGAAAUACCAUCUGGGAGCACUGCCGCUGGCCUACAUCAGCUGGGCAAUUUAUUCCUCGAUACUGAUCGGCAAAAUGCUGGUUAUACUGCUGCGGCACGGCCAACAGCUGGACGUGAAACUGCUCUUCAAGUCCAACAUGCUGGAGCUGGCGUUCGUCAGCACAGCGUGUGUAUUUGCCUUCGUGGUGUUGGGACACAAGCAGAUUCCCCGCGGACAGGAACAGCAACGAGCCGUCAUCAGUUAUCUGACCGGCAGAGUACUGAUGGACAUCAUUGAUUCCGUGGAAUUACUGAAUUUCCUGUAUGAUGAUGGUCACGCCGAACAGCCAAAGAUGCAGCCGGCGGUCAAGUAUGCCAUUCUGCUGUUUGUGUCCAUCCAGAUCUUUCUGCCGACAAUUGGUUUAUUCCAGCUGAGCGGCACGAAUUUCGCGCAUGAUCGACCGCGGAAAAUUUGGAAAAUGAUUCAUCAGAUGCUGAAUUUAUUCCUGGAAAAUAUUCCCUUUCUUACCAUUCGUAUUUAUCUCUGGUCCAUGAACCAGUUUACCGAAAGCACGUUUGUGUUUAUUGUAAAGAAUGUUUUCGAGAUUACUAUGAAUGAUUGGGAUUUUGUGAGAUGGCUACAAACGUGGAUAACGACGAAAUUAUCCAGACGCGAGGGCACACCGCCCAUGACAACGUAAUUAAAAUUCUUCUUACAAGCCCAAUCAAGGCCUCCGGCCUC